UCCUUGCAAAGGCGCUGAGUGGACAGGAGUUGUGGACCAAGGAGGCAACAAAGCUCGAUUCGACGACAUUUCCUUUCCGUCCGGCUCUUUUUGGUGAAACUUCCCGCACAUUUUCCGUGGAGCAAAGUGGUGAUUAGACUGACUGAAAGGCACCAUCAGUGAACUUUACAGCAGCAUCUCAGUGGGCAGGUGCAAAUAGAUGCUGCCUGCAGGAAAGGAUUUUGUGCACAUCUAAAAAGCGUCUUGUGGCUUUAAGACAAUGUUGAUGAAGGAGUACCGCAUCUGCAUGCCUCUCACCGUGGAGGAGUACCGGAUCGGCCAGCUGUACAUGAUCAGCAAGCACAGCCAUGAGCAGAGCGAGCGUGGGGAGGGGGUGGAAGUUGUGCAGAAUGAGCCCUAUGAAGACCCUGAGCACGGUGUGGGACAGUUCACUGAGAAACGGAUCUACCUGAACAACAAGUUGCCAAGCUGGGCGAGAGCGGUGGUGCCGAAGAUUUUCUAUGUGACGGAGAAGGCUUGGAACUAUUACCCGUACACCAUUACAGAGUACACGUGCUCUUUCCUGCCCAAGUUCUCCAUCCAUAUAGAGAGCAAGUACGAGGACAACAAAGGGAGCAAUGAUAAUAUAUUUGGCAGCGAGCCUAAAGACGAGGAAACGGAGGUGUGUUUUGUUGACAUCGCCUACGACGAGGUUCCUGAACGCCACUACAAGGAGUCGGAGGACUUGCGCUACUUUAAGUCGAGGAAGACCAAUCGAGGCCUCCUGGAGGAAGGAUGGAUCAACACCCAAGACCCCAUCAUGUGCUCCUACAAGCUGGUCAGCGUCAAGUUUGAAGUGUGGGGCCUGCAGACACGAGUGGAACAGUUUGUACACAAGGUAAUCCGUGAUGUCCUUCUGCUGGGACACAAGCAGGCAUUUGCCUGGGUGGAUGAGUGGGUAGACAUGACAAUGGAGGAGGUCCGAGAGUACGAGCGUGCCACUCAAGAAGCCACAAACCUCAAGAUCGGCACCUUCCCUCCAGCCAUCGCCAUUACAGACACCCCACUGUCGUCCAGCGCCCGCAGCGGCCCAAACAGCGCCCCGUCCACCCCUCUCUCCACCGAAGCCCCCGAGUUCCUGUCGGUGCCGAAGGACCGUCCCAGGAAGAAGUCUGCCCCAGAGACCUUGACCCUGCCGGAUCUGCAGGGCCGCCGGGAUUCCAUUUUCAAACUUCCCAGCUUCUUCUCAUGGAACGCCAGUCCUCAGCCCGAAUGAGAGCGCGCGGGACGCCGUCCCAAAUGUGUAAACGCACUCUCCUCUUAAUAAAGCGGAAGACGCCUGCCUGCCUGCCUGCCCAGAACAUCCUAUAAUGCCCCAUCAGCCAGCCCGCUGAAGGAGACUUGUCAGAAUCACCGGCUGGUGUUACAGCAGAGCCAGCAGACAGUCGAGGCUCAAGUCCUGCAGUUCCUUCAAAAUGGAUGGAGACUCCACGUUGGUCCUUAAUAAAAAAAAAGUCCAGUAAAGUCAGCCGGUGAGCACCACUUAGCCUAAUUAUGUGUACUAUACAUUCCUUUAAAUAAGCUCAGGGUGUUGGACGCUCAGUUAUGUUGUGAUUUAACCACAUGAUGCACAUUUUGUGUUGUUUUUGCGUCCACCGUUGUGCUUGGACACCUGCAACUUUAACAUUUGACCACUAUGGUUGCCACGCUUGGCUGUAAGGUGACUUUAUAUAGCUGUAAAUAGCAUUUAUAUCUUACUAUGAAUACACUCUUGAAGAAAAUCAUAAGACCGUGUUGGAAACUACAAUUACAUUUUGGGCUGGUGGACUGUAACAGGCUUGUAAAUAAUAUUGUAAAUAAGAAGAAUCAAGAGACUGUUACAGCAGGGGUCACCAACCUUUUUGGAACCAAGAGCUACUUCUUGGGUACUGAUUAAUGCAAAGGGCUACCAGUUUGAUACACACUUAAAUAAAUGGCCAGAAAUAGCCAAUUUGCUCAAUUUACCUUUAACUCUGUUAUUAUUCAUAUUUAAUGAUAUUUAUCUUUGUGGAAACACUGAUCAUCUUAAUGAUUUCUCACAAAUGUAUAUUUUUGAUGACAUGUUUUAAAUAGGUUCAAAUCCAAUCUGCACUUUGUUAGAAUAUAUAACAAAUUGGACCAAGCUAUAUUUCUAACAAAGACGAAUCAUUAUUUCUUUUAGAUUUUCCGGAACAACAUUUUUUAAAAGAAAUUCAAAAGACUUUGAAAUAUGAUUUAAAUUUAAUUCUACAGAUUUUCUAGAUUUGCCAGAAUGUUUUUUUUUUAUUUUAAUCAUAAGUUUGAAGAAAUAUUUCACAAAUAUUCUUUGUCGAAAAAACAGAAGCUAAAAUGAAGAAUUAAAUUAAAAUGUAUUUAUUUUACAAUAAAAAAAAUAAAUUGACUCGAACAUUGAUUUAAAUUGCCAGGAAAGAAGAGAAAGGAAUUUAAAAGGUAAAAAGGUUCAUGUGUUUAAAAAUCCUAAAAUCAUUUUAAAGGUUGUAUUUUUACUCUAAAAUUGUCUUUCUGAAAGUUAUAAGAAGCAAAGUAAAAAAAAAAAAAUGAAUUUAUUCAAACAAGUGAAGACCAAGUCUCUAAAAUAUUUGAUUGUAUUUUCAAAUUCUAUUUGAGUUUUGUCUCUCUUAGAAUUAAAAAUGUCAAGCAAAGCGAGACCAGCUUGCUAGUAAAUAAAUAAAAUUAAAAAAAUAGAGGCAGCUCACUGGUAAGUGCUGCUAAAAGACUCUUCUGGUCCUUACGAGCUACCUGGUGCCCACGUUGGUGACCCCUGUCGUACAGGAAUCGGCAAUAUCAGGCAAACUGUAUUUAAACUCCCCUGCUGAUCAAAAGCUUAAAGGAAAACUGCACCUUUUUUUUUUAAUGUUGCCUAUGGUUUACAAUAAUGAGAGACAAGAAGACAAAAGGUUUUGUUUUUUCUUUCUAACAUAAAAAUCGUCUCGUUCUCAGUGGGCAGCAAUGCAGCUAAAGAGAGCAAAUAAUUGUACCUCAAAAUCACUUAAAAAAUGCAUAAAAAAAAAAAAAACGCCAACAAUACUUCAUUUAGGUUUUGUAACCUGUAUAAUAAUCAAACUGUAGCGAUAUUGGUAUUGUAUUAGUGAACACUAAUACAAUAACUAACAAUGUUGAGGACUGCUCAUCAAACACUUAUUUAGCACAAACCCGCAGGUGAAUGGGCUAAUUGGGAACAGGUGGGUUUCAUGAUUGGCAGCAUUAAUGUUGAAAGGUACAUACAAGUUUUGGAGUAACAUAUGUUAUCAUGGACGCCCCUGCUUAUUUCUAGCAAGACAACUCCAAGCCAUGUGUUACAACAGCGUGGCUUCAAUGUAAAAUAGUGCGGGUACUAGAUUGGCCUGCCUGUAGUCCAGACCUGUCUCCCAUUGAAAAUGUGUGACACAUUAUGAAGUCUAAAAUACCACAACGGAGACCCUGGACUGUUGAACAACUUAAGCUGUACAUCAAGCAAGAAUGGGAAAGAAUUCCACAUGAAAAGCUUCAAAAAUGUGUCUCUUCAGUUCCCAAACGUUUACAGUGUGUUGUUAAAAGGAAAGGCCGUGUAACACAGUGGUAAAAAAAUGCCCCUGUGACAACUUUUUUGCAAUGUGUCGCUGCCAUCGAAAGCUAAGAUAAUGAUUAUUUGAAAAAAAAAAAAAAAAAAAUUGUCAGUUUGAACAUUGAAUAUCUUGCCUUUGCAGUCUAUUCAAUUGAAUGUAAGUUGAAAAGGAUUUGCAAAUCAUUGUAUUCUGUUUUUAUUUCAGAAUCAGAAUCAGAAUUUACGAAUUACACAACGUGCCAACUUCACUGGUUUAGGAUUUUGUAUUUCCAAACAUUUGUUUUGCUUUUUUAUUUGUAUUUCUUGCCCAAGAAUAGAUUGCAGUUUGGAGGAAAACGUCAGUCACACUUUUUUUUUUAAAGACGAUAGUCUGAAGAAUACACAAAAACAGGUGCUAAAAGAGGAAAAAUUUGGGUUUUGCAUAAUAGAACACCUUUACAGCUUUUGAUCAGCCAAUUAACUACCGGUUUGACCUCAAAUGCAGUUUUAAAGGCCUACUGAAAUGAGAUUUUCUUAUUUAAACGGGAAUAGCAGGUCCAUUCUAUGUGUCAUACUUGAUCAUUUCGCCAUAUUGCCAUAUUUUUGCUCGAAGGAUUUAGUAGAGAAAAUCGACGAUAAAGUUCGCCCAUUUUGGUACUUCCUGAAAAAGCCUCGCCUUUACCGAAAGUCGCAGACGAUGGCGUCACAUGUUGAUGGCUCCUCAUAUAUUCACAUUGAUUUUAAUGAGAGUCUCCAACAAAAACAGUUAUUCGGACCGAGAAAACGACUAUUUCCCCAUUAAUUUGAGCGAGGAUGAAAAAUUCAUGUUUGAGGAUAUUGAUAGCGACAGACUAGAAAAAGAAAAAACGCAAUAGCAUUGGGACGUAUUCCGAUGUUUUUAAAGACAUUUACUAGGAUAAUUCUGGGAAAUCCCUUAUCUUUCUUUUGUGUUGCUAGUGUUUUAGUGAGGUAAAUAGUACCUGGUAGUCGGAAGGGUGUCUCCACGGCCGGGUGUUGACGCGCAGUGUCUCAGGCGAGUCGACGGCAGCUAUGGACGGCACAAGCUCAGCUUUUCUCCGGUAAGAACUGACUUUUUAACCACAAUUUUCUCACCGAAACCUGCUGGUUGACAUUUGGUCUGGAUCCAUGUCUGCUUGACCGUGCUGUGAUCCAUAGUAAAUUUUCACCUCCGGGAAUUUUAAACAAGGAAUCACCGUGUGUUUGUGUGGCUAAAGGCUAAAGCUUCCCAACUCCAUCUUUCUACUGUGACUUCUCCAAGAUUAAUUGAACAAAUUGCAAAAGAUUCAGCAACACAGAUGUCCAAAAUACUGUGUAAUUAUGCCGUUAAAGCAGACGACUUUUACCUGUGUGUGUGUGUGUAGCGCUCACACUUCCUAAAACCCUGUGACGUCACGCGUACACGUCGUCAUUACACGUUUUCUAGACGAAACUCCCGGAGACUUUAACAUUUUAAUUUAGUAAACUAAAAAAGCCGUAUUGUUCAUAUUUCAUCAUUGAUGUAUAAACUAUCAGACUGUGUGGUGGGUAGUAGUGGCUUUCAGUAGGCCUUUAAAUAAAUUGGAGCAUCUCUAUUUUGCCUCUUGCUUCUCCUUUUUGCAUCACGAUUCUCUACGUAGCUACAAUUCGGUUACAAUCCACCAGUUCAAAAUGCGAUUUUAAGAUUUUUGUUCAGGAGUGUAUCCCCAAUAAUAACAAUCCUGACUGUUGUGUAUUUCGAAGGACACGAACACUGCCUAUUUACUGUGCCACAGUGUCUUGCGUACUUGCAUGAUUUUGGAAAGAUUUGUGCGUUUUACUCAUUCUGCAGUGGUGGGCUUUUCACCCAAUUAUUUUUCUGUGUAGUUGUCGGUACGUAUUAGUAUCAAACUGUAUUGACUUUCCUUUAUGCUGGCGUUAUUAUGCUGUAAAAUGGAAUGAAAUAAAAGACUGUAGCAGCCA